AUGGCCGAUAAUUUUAAGCCUAAAAUGCAUGGUGAACAAAUGAGAACGAAAUAUGCCCGUCAUAUGUUAUCAACUGAUAUACAUUCACAAUUGAAUAUGCUUGCAUUAAUAUCACAGCAAUGUAACAAUGGGAGAUUAAUUAAUAAUAGUAAUUCAUCACAAUGCGUCUCAUCAUCGGAGUGGUCUUCAUCCUCUUGUUCAUCAUCAAUAACUGAUCUUCAAGAUUCAAAAAAAGAUGGAGAUUACAAUCGUUUGUCAACAGACAUGUCAAUUGGAAACGUCAAGAAAACUAUCAAUCGUUCAACAAACGUUUUAGACACUUUAAAUAGAACGAAUACAAAUAAAUCAUCGCCAAUACUACACCCUUACUCAAUGACUCAGAAUAAUAUAGGAAACAGUACACUUUCAUUGCACCAUCAAGAUUCAACAAAAGUAGAUCAAAAGCCAUUUCCACCAAUCAUACACCAGCAACAACAACAACAGCAUACUAAUAUAACUACCACUACGAAUACAUCAUCAAAAAUUAAAUCAGCAACAAGUUCUCGAUCAAAUUCUGGUGAAUGUCUUGUUAAAGUUGUGACUACUGCUGGCCCACAAAAUGUUGAUAAAGAAUUUUUACAACAAUUAUUAUCACGCAAAGAUGUUAUACCUCAACGUAAACGUCGGGAUUUUAUUCCAAAUGAAUUAAAAGAUGAUCACUAUUGGGAAAGAAGGCGUAAAAAUAAUUUGGCUGCUAAACGUUCGAGAGAAAAACGUCGACUUAAUGAUAUUGUACUAGAAACAAAAGUGGUGGAAUUAACAAAUGAAAAUGAUGUAUUACGCGCAAAAUUAAAUUUGAUGCUAACAAAAAUUAAUAUGCAAGAAAAUGAAAUGGAAUUAUUAUUUGAAGAAGAACAACGUCUUGGAAAUAUAUGUCUGAAACCUGCAACAUCGGCCACAGCAAUUAUGUCACAAAUGUGUAAUAACAAUGAUGAUAGUCAGUCAUUGAUUGAGAGUGGGAUAUCGACGACAAAAACGAAUAGUGAUGGUAAUAAGAAAUCAAUGCAUUCAUUAUUCAAUUCAUCGUCAUCUGAAACAGCUUACAGUCAUGAAGAUGAUCAUAGCAAUGAUUCACAGCAAUAUACUGACAAUGGAAAUAGUCAUCGUGAUGAAGAAGAUAUGGAAGAAGAAGAAAAAUUUAGUCAUCGAGAACAAUCCGCAGUGACAAUGCAGUGUCAACAAUUACAAAAUGAUUUUCUAAAUCGUAUGAUGAAUCCUUAUGGUAUUCAAUCAUCAACAAUGACAACAACAUCAGGCACUACCAGUCAGGCAUUAGCACUUGCUGCGCGAACACAAUACCCAUUGCUAUAUAAUCAAUUAAUUAGUAUGAAUAUGAUGAAUAAUAUAUCAAUACCACCAACUGAUGCUACUGCAAUGGAUCUAUCAACAAGUGAACAGAAAUUGCACUCAACAAGAACAACAAAUCUUCUAUGUCCGGUCGAAAAACAUUCAUCAAAAGUCGCCAAUCGAAAACCAUUACCAUUACCAACACAACCGACAAAUAUUAUGAGUAAUGAAUUAAAAACUGGAAAUUUACUAACGACAAAAAGUCCUUCACCGCUAACACCGUCACCAUCGCCUCCUCACGAAUCUCUAUUGCAAGUUCUUGCUAAUCAAAUGAAACAAGCAAGUGUUUUUGCUCAUUCAACAUCGACAACGCAGCCUCGUUUACUAACAACAGCCCCAAAAGAAAAUAAUCAAAAUGUUAAUUAUUAUGAAGAAGUAUCGAAUGAUGAUGCGGAUGAUAAUGAGCCAAUUGAUAGCGGUAAAGCUAAAAAUACAUUGAAAAGAAGUUACAGUCAUGUUGACGAUUUACAUAAUCAAGAAAUAUCAAAAUUGGAUGAGACACAAAUAUUAUCUCCAACGGUGAAUAGCACUAACUCAUCGUGGGAUGAUGCUGUUACGUUGUUAUCUCUAACUGGUAAUUAUUCACAAG